GCGAACGACACACAUGCGUUACAUACGUUGCACGUGGCCGCGUCCUCGAUCUAAAUCUAUGACGCGAAUCGACGGAACUGCUAAACGAUCGACCGGCUUCAUUUUCAAACUGGUUAAUGAACGACAGAUCGUCGUAUUUGUUAUUAAUUAUUCUCAUCGGAUUCGAAUCGUUCCUCUCGUCGAGUGAAAGUGAUGGAUGAAAAAAAUAACAAACUUCUUCUUCCUCUUUCGACUUAUAAACUUGAAUUGGAUUAAAAUCGAGAUAUUAGAACGUAGUAUAAUAAAAUUUUCCGUUGCGAGAUAAUUAGUUACGUUCACGAAUCGAAACUUGUUAACAUAACCUUAAACAAUUUUGUUGCUUCGCUUUUUCUUUGUUAACGGGAUUAUUAAACCGUUUACCUUUAAUGACGUUGAGCAAAAAAAAGUUCGACUUGUCCUUCGGAAUCUUUUUCUUCGCCAAGUAUCGUUCAAGGAUCGUUGAUUGAACAAACGGAGAGAGAGGGGAACCAUAAACACCAUGGAAUUAAACGUGGAAAAAAAACUGGACGUUGCUUUUUAUGAUGGCAAAUUUGAGACAGGCACUGGGCGCGAGUGAACUUACCGACAAAAAGGCGGGCCUUUACCGCGCGCUAGUUGCAGAAUUUCUUGGCACGUUGUUGCUGAAUUUCUUCGGUUGCGGAUCUGUCAUCACGGGGAACGUCGUGGCUAUAAGCUUGGCUUUCGGCCUGGCAGUGGCAACAGCGAUUCAAGGAGUAGGACACGUUUCCGGUGGUCAUGUUAAUCCUGCUGUCACAUUCGGUUUGAUGGUUAUUGGCAAGGUGCCAGUUAUUAGAGGCUUAUUGUAUGUAAUACUUCAAUGCAUAGGUGCAAUAGCGGGAUCUGGUAUAUUAAGAGCAUUAUCUCCUGAAAGGAUGGAGCAUGCUCUAGGCGUAGUAUCCCUCUCACCAGGCGUUACCCCUGUCCAAGGUUUCGGUAUAGAAUUUUUCCUUGCCUUUGUGUUGGUACUGGUCGUGUGCGGUGCAUGCGACGCAGCGAAGCCGGACAGCAAGGGAAUAGCUCCUCUUAUAAUCGGACUUUCAGUUUCCGUUGGCCAUAUUAUCGGCGUGCCAAGAACUGGUGCAGGUAUGAAUCCAGCCAGAUCAUUCGGUAGCGCUGUUGUAAUGGGUUCGUUCGCCGAUCACUGGUUAUAUUGGAUCGGACCAAUCCUUGGUGGAAUGGCAGCUGGAUUGAUCUAUGCGUUUGUAAUUGGUCCUGCGAAAGAACCUGAAAAUUCCAAUACAGCGUAUACCGUUGCCGCAACAGAUGAGAAGGAGAAGUUCGAGUACAUAGACAGUGGACGCGGUGGACUUUAAAAAACAUCGACACAAAUAAAGAAUUCGAAGACGGGAAUAUGAUUUUUUUUUUUUUUUUUACAUCAUAUGAUAAAUUUCAUAUGAAAUCGAAAAUAUUCGAAGUAUUAUUUUUACAGCUACAGAGCCUUACCGGUAAGAAGAAAGACAAUCCUGCUUGAUGUUCUAACUACUGCUAACCAUCGCAUUUCCAACUGUUUCGAUCAUUAUCUAUGUAAUGAUAAUUUAUACGCCUAAAAUAAGUGAGUUUUAUGUUAUUUAAUCAUCGCGUCGUUAUUAAGCAAAACUAUUUAAAUAUUUUCCAACAAAGAAGGUAAUAUUAACAUAUAAAAAGUGUUUCGAAUUUGUAUUCAAAAAAUAAUUAUAUAUCUGAUGAUAUUACAUCAUUGAAUACACAGAUAUAUAUAUAUAUAUAUAUAUAUAUAUUCAUUUUCUAUAUAAAUAUAUGUACUUUACCUGUAAUUUCAAGUCGUUCCUUUAUAUCGGAUUUGAGUAAUGAUUAUUACAAGCCAAAGAUCGAUUCUGCCGAACAAAAAUUUUAUAUAGUGUCGACAUCUUCCGUCAUUUUCAAGAUAUAACCUAUUUAUUGUUACAAACUACUCGCAAAAUAUUCGUGAACUAUCGAUAAAUGAUUAAAAUGAAAAACUCUUGUCAUUUCAAAUGAUACAAUUAAAUGUAAUUUUUUAUAUUGUAUUAAAAUAUUUAUCACGUUUUGAUAUAAAAAAUCGUAUAAAAUCGUAACAAAUGCCAAUAUCAAUUAAUCUAUAUUAAUUUACGAUGUUUUAUAUUUAUUCGAUAUUAUAUUUUAAGUUAUAAUUAUACAAUUAUUGUAACGUAUAAUCAGAAUAUAACAUGCAAUAUUUAAUUUAUAAAUUCUAA